AUGCGUUUCCAGAGCAUUAUGAUGCUGACUAUUACAUGUGCCGGUACAUGUUUAGCGGAAGGUCUAGCUCCCUCUGAUCAAGCUUACAGGCCGACGAUGACUGGUCUCAAAUCGAGACUCAAUGACCCCCGCCCUCUCUCCACGGCCACGAUUGCAACCUCCUCGGAAAGAUUCCUAAGAUUCGACACAGUCGCUCGGGAUACGGCUGGCAACGACGAAGAGAGGGUUGGUCCCUCUUGGCUAGCGAAAGUCGACGGUCUGAUGCAUAAAAUGGUCACGUCCAGUUUGUCUGCGGAAGAAGCGCAGCUCAAAGUGUGGAUACAGUCCCAAAUACAUCCACGCGAGUUAUUCGGGGUCUUAAGUCUUGGCAAGCGUGCAGCAAAGUUGGAUGAUAAUCCGGAUUUCGUGCAGUGGCUCAGGCUUGUAAAGGACUUCCGAGCUAAUAACGGGAACCAGGCGUUUUCAGAUCUGGACAUUUACUAUCUGCUUCUGAAGACAAAUAGUCCAGAGCAGUUGAAAUUACUUUUCGAAACUCUUCGGCAUACUCCCGGAAUGACCAAGAUCGGGGCGAGUAUGGAGAAGUCUUUAUCUGGAAAUUGGAUUCGCAAAGCCCUAGAACAGGAUACGUAUCCAACGAUCGUUUACAAUACGCUUCGUCUUAAAGACGCUGGCACAAAGCUGGAUGAUACGCCAAUGUUCCGUCAGUGGCUGGAGUAUGUAGAGAAGUACUGGAACAAGAAUGCGGGCGCUUUCUUCGGGGACACACAAAUGUUGACGUUGUUUCAGAAGACAAUGACAGAAGAAGAAGACAUCAUAAAACUAGUUCACAUGCUUCGAAACAACCCGGGGAUGAAGAGUCACGCCGAUAAAUUGGAGAGGUAUUUGCUUCUGACGUCUGAAUCGAGCCACAAAACGAUGGCUGACGUGUGGCUGAAGGCCCGAGAAACUCCAGAGGAAGUGUUUCGUAUUCUACGUUUGGCAGAAAAGCAAACUGCCGCCGCUGAUGACAACCGAAUGUUGAAUCUGUGGCUCAGGUACACCCAAACGUACCGGGACAAAAUUGACAAGAACGCCUUCUCCGACGCGGAAGCACUGCAGUUUUUCAGGAAGGCCAAACCGCUGGAUUUCGACUGGGAAAUUGUGUAA